GCCGGUGGUCGGCCGCAGAAGCUGCCUGCAGCUCCAUCCUGUAGCCUUCAUCUCGCGACAACUAACUCAUCGCCUCUGAGAACACGUAGAUACAAAUAGAUUGAUCUCGUAGACACAUCUAUUGCCUUCAGAGGCACCGAUAUCACGCGAUACGACGCAGCUACAAGCUUGAGAACGACCAUGGCUUCGCUCCCCACCAGAGAAGCACCGGACUCGAGCGCUGCUCAAACAAACGCCAACAAAAUCCUCGUCAGUAUCCAGGACCAACUUCGCGGCCCAGGAGGCGCCGUCGCUAUUGUCAAAGAUGGCGAGACUCUUGCCAGGCAUACAUAUGGCUACGCAGAUCUCGAUCGCCGGAUCCCCCUCACGCCUCAAAUGCACAUGCCAAUCUGCUCCAUCUCGAAGCAAAUGGUCUGCUUAGUGCUGGUAUCUCUAAAGUACGAGCCGACACCGCUGAUGGCACAGUUCUCUGGGGAUAUCUGGGAGCAGCUUGCCGUGGAGUUGCAAAAGGUGCUUCCUCACCUGGUGGAGCGUGGUCUGACAGUGCCCGAUCUCUACAACAUGCAAUCCGGGAUUCGUGACUAUUGGGCAAUGACUACACUUUGGGGUGCUGAACCUGAAGGGCAGUUCAGCAUCGCCUUGGACGCACCACAGGCCAUUGCACGGACCAAAUCUUUCCACUUCGAGCCUGGCACGGAGUACUCCUACUCCAACGUCAACUUCCACAACCUUGGAAGCAUGAUCGAAGCUGUGGCCGGCCAGUCCCUGGGUCAGCUUCUUGAUGAGCGAGUCUUCAAGGCUGCUGGAAUGAGAAGUGCGGCCUUGUGCCCAAAUACAGCUGGUCAUCCUUUGCCCGUUAUUGGUUACGAUGGUGACGAGAAACAUGGCUACAAGGCCGGCAUCAAUCGGAUCGAGUGGUCAGGAGAUGCUGGAAUAGUUGCUACGCUAGACGACAUGAUCGCAUACGAGAAGUGGCUCGACAAGACUUAUGCUGCAGAAGGCAGUCUUUACAACACAAUAGCCAAGUCUACAACUUACAGAGAUGGCUCAGUCGCAAAGUAUGGCUACGGACUCGCUCGCGGAGAGACUGCUGGUAAAGCCUGGCUCGGCCAUGGAGGUGCUCUCAGGGGAUUUCGACUGUGGCGCAUGCAUUUGCCUGAAGAGCAUCUCUCAAUCGUGGUGAUGUUCAACCACGAGGGAGAUUCUGCUGCGCCCGCUGACGCCAUCCUGAAACGUCUGCUGAACUGGCAAGAACCUGAGAGAGCCUUGAGCACGGCAGAGUCCAACCUUUUCGGGGCCUAUCUGGAUUUCGAGACUCAGCUUCUAGUUCGAGUUGAGAAGUCUGAUGAUGAAGGAUAUGUUAACGUCACAUAUCACAUUGCCCCAGAGAAAACCAGGCUGACAAGUGGCACAAGUGUUGAGUCAAAGGGCAUGACUGCGAAUUUAGAAGCCGAUACUUUGCACGUACAACGCUUGCGCGACAACAGAGCCUUACAGGCGAAGCGUCUUACCGAUCUAAAGGGCGAAGAGGCAUUGCCUAAAGGUGACCAGUAUACGGGCAGCUACCAUUGCGCUGAUUCUGAUAGCAUUUUCCAUUGUUUCGGAGCAGGCUCAAUGCUCUACGGCUCCUUUGAUGGUUUUCUUGGCAAUGGUCCAGCGCAUGUGAUGCGAUAUAUCGGCGAGGAUGUUUGGCUACUUUCGAAUCCGCGUGGAAUGGAUGCACCUGCACCUGGGGAUUGGACUGUUGUGUUCAGACGAGACGGCAGUGGGGUCGUCACGAAUGUCACGAUCGGAUGUUGGCUCGCAAGAAGGAAUGCCUAUACCAGGGUCUCGUGAAGAUGAUCACUACCGAACCGAUUUAUACGUUGCAGUUCUGGCCGUCUCAGGCCUGCUGUGGACUGGAUAGCCGUGUGUUCAGCAGGGUCCAUCGCAUUUGUUCCGCUCUCGUACACCACACUUAUUCCAACCCUAACUCUAUAGCAUGUAUCGCUGCUGACGAAUGAGGAAACCUAGCUUCGUCAACUGACGACUGCGAUGAACUAGAAAGUCCUCUCUGAUUCCCGACUGGCCCGCGCGUCCUAGCGUUCCUCC